CAAUCAAUGAGGAGAGGGAGUUUCCUAGCUAGAUUCCGUUUUGGAACGGUGGAUGUUCGUGCGUUCUGUCGUCUCUCCGGAUUUUUCCUGGGGAAUCGCGAAGCGCCAUGUGGCGAAGAAGCCUCUGUCUGCGGGUGUUGCAGGCUCUGAAGUCUCGGGGAAGCGCUGCAGCGGCUGGAAGCUCCAAAGGUGCCCAAGGAUGGAUUGACGCCAUGACCAUAGAGGCCGCAGCAGGUUCCGUCUUUCCCUCAUGGAUGUCUGGGGUAGGAUUACGAACAUUUAGCACUGCGGGGAAUUCUGAGCUGUGUGAUAGAGAAGGCGGCGCCGGAGCGGAGCUUCAAAACUUGCAAGAAGCGGAUAGAGAUGGGCAGGAAUGGAGCACCAAUCCAGACCCUGUUUCUUCAGUAUUCAGCAUUGAUGAUGUGGUAUCACUUGUGAGACAAGAAAAUGCAAAAGAUAUUUGUGUAAUCAAAUUGCCUCCAGAAAUAAAAUACAGCAAUUAUUUUAUAAUUGCCAGUGGAUCUUCUGCAAGACAUCUCCAUGCCAUGGCACAAUACCUGGUAAAAAUGUACAAGCAUAUGAAGAAGGACACUGAUCCUCAUGUUGUGAUAGAAGGAAAAGAGUCUGAUGACUGGCUAUGCAUUGAUUUUGGCAACAUUGUAGUCCAUUUCAUGUUGCCAGAGACACGUGAAAUCUACGAGUUGGAAAAGUUGUGGACACUCCGCUGUCAUGAUGAUCAGUUGGCACAGAUGGUUCCAGAAUCUUUACCUGAUGACUUUGUGUUUGGGCUGGAUUCUCAACAGCAGUGAUUUAACCUCACAUCUAAAGACUGGAAAGAGCUCUGCACAUACAACACGGUUGAUUGCAGUGGUCAGCUGGGUCACAGAGCCAAUUCUUGGAAAGACGAAAUGGAGCACAUCAAGCUGCAACUACUGAGUGUCAGCAUUAUGGAGUAUGGAUAACUAUAGAACUUACCAAUGGGAAGUCAGUUGUGGCCCAUGGGAAGAUGCCUCUUUCUGUGGCAGUAGUGAAGCUCUAUCAUCAUGUGGACAAUAGAUGUUUGAAAUAAAUUCCUAUUCAAGUUUGGGUCUUUCUGACAGUAACUUGUUGGGGUGUUGGUUGCUGUGCUUAUGUCGUUAGCAAGUUGAAUAAAGCUAUUUUGAAUUUUUUAAAAAAUCAUUCUCA